UCUGUUGGUGGAACUCGUUCAAACCUCGGGAUUUCGAGAGGUGACAAAGGUUCCCCGCCCGCCCAUCAUAAUUGUAGCAAGGGACAGGGACAUCACAGGCCAACAAUGAUGGCGACGUCGGCGAGUGAUUUUUUUCGGCAUCGCUCCCUUUGGAGACCAUUCUCCGUGACGGAUUGCUCGUUGAGGUAAAUACAAAACCUCAGGGUCGAGGAGUUUGUAAGUUCCCUUCCUUCACCAACCUGAUCCAAAUCCGACAUCAUGGGCUCUACCGGCAUGAGUACUCGUGUGUCUAAAGCGACGCAACGACUCCGAGAACUUCUCGCCGACACAAACAAGAUUAUUGUCGCACCUGGUGUGCACGAUGGCAUAUCAGCACGGAUUGCACUGUCCAUGGGCUUUGAUGCCCUCUACAUGACGGGUGCAGGCACUUCAAUGUCUCGUCUGGGAUGGGCAGAUAUUGGACUGGCAACGCAACAAGACAUGACACAACAGGCAGAAAUGCUUGCCAACAUCGACCCAUCAGUGCCUUUGAUCGCCGAUGCUGAUACUGGCUACGGCGGAACUGUGGCAAUUGCACGGACAGUAUCCAAAUAUGCCCGUGCCGGUGUCGCCGCCUUCCACAUCGAAGACCAGGUCCAGGAGAAGCGAUGCGGCCAUCUGCUAGGCAAAGAGAUCGUACCGCGAGAAGUUUUCUACAGCCGGAUCCAGGCGGCUGUCAACGCCCGCGCAGAACUAGGGCUUGAUAUUCUGAUCAUUGCCCGCACAGAUUCUCGGCAGAGCUACGGUUUCGAAGAAGCAUAUGAGCGGUUACGACGUGCUGCGGAGAUCGGUGCCGAUAUCGUGUUCCCUGAGGCUAUGACUUCCAGACAAGAAUUGGCGGAUAUGAUUCGACUUAUGGGUCAAACACCAUGCUUGCUUAACAUGGUCUCAAAGGGUGUAACGCCGGACUUGUCGGUUGACGAGGCUAAGGAGAUGGGUUUUCGCAUCAUGAUCUUCCCUGUGGCUGGCUUCGGAGGGGCUAUCAAGGGCAUCAGGGAGUCCUUCAUGGCUUUGAAGAGUACUGGUCGGGAGGCCGAGGAUCUUGUUGGUGUUAAAGAGGCCUUUGAAUUGUGCGGACUGGACGAGUGUAUUCAGGUUGACCAGAGGGCUGGCGGAAAGACUUUUGCUGGGUUGAGAUGAUCUGAGACGUCUACUCGCCGACAGCGACGAAGAUCUCGCUCGAAUGACUUGUGGCUGGGGAGCGAGUUGUCAUUGUCUGCCUCGUCAACCAAGACAUUCAGCGUGCCGAAUCAUCCACGUGUGCAUCGAGAUGGUCAGGUUCGCAGUUUGCAGCUGUCUUGAACAAUCGUGAAAG